UGCAAGGUGAUGAGAUUAGAAAUUAUUUAUUCUUCUGUAGUAAUGUCGGUUUUGGAAGCAAGGUUAUGGGGGCUGGCCCAUGAUUAGUGUCUGUCUUGGACCUUGGUGCACCCCUAGCCACUGCAUCUUGAUAUUCCUCCUGGUUGUUCUUAGCUUAAAGGUUAGGAGGUGUGUGUUGCAGCAGAUGUCUUCCCAGGCUGACUGAAGCAGCAGAGCAAUGCUGCUUGCUGUGGUAACAGACCACUAGCUAUGCAGUAUGUAAAUGAAACUAGUAUUAGGGAACAUUGUUUGAGAGUUUGUUGUCUUCAAAGUUUCAAAACCUGGCCAAAAUUAUGCUUAUCUUAUUAAUUUGGAGGACUUCUUUGAGUCGUGACUGAGCCUGCUAUGGCGUAUGCCUGAGGCUAUCUGAGAUCUAUUUGGUGGGUGGAGACCCUGAAGAACUGCGUGUUUUAACACUGUUGCAGGCAAGCUAGCAUUGUAACUAUUUUUGCAGGCCACAUACUAGGGAUUCUUUGGUGCCUGUGACAGUUUGUCUUCUAGGUUUCCUGCUUCCAGCACUGUGACUUGCAACAUGUCUUACAGCCUUGGGGUCCCAACAGUGUUGCAGAGUUUCUCCAUGAGUCUCAUGUGUCAUUGCAAUGGCUAUGUGGGAGAUGCUGCAGGCGGGUGCCGGUGGGGGCACUGGGGCACACUCAGAGGGCUCUGCCACAGAUGUCUGUUAACCAGACCUACUGUUGGCCUGAGGACUUCUCAGAUUGGAUGGUAACAGUGAUAUUUAGGACAUGUUCAGCUCUUUGGGCAGAUGUGGGCUUGAGAACAAAGUCUGCUGGAUCUGCCUGACCUUGCAGUAACUCUGCCGGGGUAGGUCAGACUCACAGAGGGGCUGUGAAAUGUUCUCUUGGGCUGGCCCCUGCUCUGGGCAGGCAGCGCAUCUGGGGAUGUGCUUCUGGAGGCUGAGUAAAAGAGCUGGGAUACUUUUUGCUGGGGGAUGGCUCUGCACAGUUGGAGCUAAAAGGGUGGAAGCUGUUCUUGGUGGGGCUGGCUGCUGGGGACUGGCUGGGGACCUCCUCUGAGUAUUGUGCUCUGAAGCGAGAUGCAGUGGCAUGCUGGACAGGGUCCCAGUGUCCCCUGUGCUGGACAGACAUAUCUGGAGAGGAGCUCUUCUUUGCGGACUGUUGGGUACAGACUUCCCUGAGCCUUCCCUAGCCUCCUGAAUUUGCCCCAUUUGCUGUCAGUUAUGCCAGCUCUUGCAAGCAUUGGAUGUGCUGUGAAAUUGCUUAAUCACCCCAAGCAGAGUUUUGUCUUGGAUUUUCCUGGGGGUUGAGUGCAGAAAGGGCGAGUGCCGCAUUAUUUUCAGCAUCAGUCCUCUGACUUCAGGCUGGCCUUCCUCAAAGCACAGCCUCAGGCAUGCAGAGCAGUAGCAGAGAGCCAGGGCCGAGCUGCACACAGCAUUCCGCCUGGUUUUGCAGUGUGGGGCUGCCUGCCUGCUCUUUUUACCCCCCUAUCUGAGAUAUAAAUAUAAUAUAAAAUAAUAGGAGGAGAGAAGCAAGAUAGGUGCAAAAAGCCAAGCUUCCUGUUCCAGUGCUGGCCUUCAUGGGAGCUUGGGGGACAGCUGCGAGAGGAGGCUCUCUGAAGCGCACAUGCUGUGUGACAUAUGGACGGCCCUGACAGGAGCUUUGGUGUUGAAUAGUGCCAUAGCUUGGCUGUUGGAAGAUGUCUGGGGAGAGGGAACAUACACGCCCAGGCUGGAGCAUCAGCUGGGCAGCAAACUUCAAGGGAACAUGGUGGUUUAAAACAAUGGAGGAAGGUGUGGGGAGAACUGCAACCCAUGUGAACCUGCCUCUCUGAGGUGGUUUGAUCCUGUCAAGGUAUUGUCUGAGCACCUGCUGCUUAAUUUCCAUGCCUCAGAGCUUUUUAUGUAUAGCUGUAAAAUCCUUGCCUGGCACAUGGGAGACAGUGCAGAGGGUGCCCUGAACACCCUUUGCUCACUGUUGUGUUUGCAGAAGUGCACUUUCCUGUGGGGUGCCCAGAACAGGCAGCUGAGUAGAGUAGGACCCUCAAGAGCUGAUGUGGCUGGCUCUCUUGAGCAAGCUAGUCCUACUAGCUGAGUCCUGCUUGCCAAGAUCAUGCGCUUGGGGUACCUUUUCUGCUGUGGUCAGGGAUGAAUCUACCUACUCGUUGCACGCUGUACACUUGGUACCUGCUCCUGCUGUGUACAGAAGGAUGUAUCUGCUGCUCUAGAACAUCUGGCUCUGCCUCAUCCAGGUGCUUCUCAUUCUCCUCAGUGGCUGUCUGCAGACCGGGUGCAGGAGUGCAUGUUUCCUGGUCUAAUGGUGGUGUAGCAGCUGCAUGUACAAAUGGAGUCCCUGGUGCUCUGCUUAUGUUGCCCAGCUUGUGCAUCAAUCACAGAUUGCACUUAAGGGUGAGUGCAUAAGUGUGCAUUUUGUUUGCUCAGUUAGAUUUUCAGCAGAUGGUGUUGAGGAAGUAAGAAACUGGAUGCUGUGGUGUGGAUAAGUGUUGUAUGGUGGAAAAUUUGGAGAGGUGCUUUGGCUUUUGUUCCAGGACCCUCCUCUCCUUCUGACAUGCAACAGGACGUAUGCAACUUUCUAUCAGGUACGAUCUUGAAAAGCAUCCUCAGCAGCAGCCCAUCUGUGAUGGCUUUGUCUUAGUCAGUCCCUGGGGCUGCUCAGGGCUAUACAUGAUAGUGCUGAAAAGCAGUCCUAGCACACAGUGUCUCCCAAGUGCUGUGGUCUCAAAAUGUUCUUUUCCUUUGUCUCUGCUAACAUGAGUGAGUUAACAUGUGACAUGGGUAGUGGGUGACACACUGAAGCCAAGGCUCUGCACUUCGUAGGCUCCAGCUCAGAUGCCCUGCAAGUGCUGUGCCUAAUCCAGGCCAAGAUGGACUAGUUCAUACAUGCCCUUGGGUAUAUCCCUGUUACCGCAGUAGAUCUUUAUUCCUUUUCCUUGAUACAUUGACUUCCUUCCCCAAACUUGGCUAGCGUGUUUUUGAAAUGGAUGUUAAAAGUUCUCCUCUAGCCCUGGAGAAGAUCUGUCUCUUUACAGGUUCACUAAUCUGGGCCACUGUGGCUUCUCCUUACCUUUGUUCUCAGCUCAUUUUCAAUGGCCCUUUUUCUCCUCCACCUGAAGAUCAUCUUGAAAAGAUCUUCUCCCAUUUCUGAUGGAAGAUGGAGGUGAACCACUCCAUGGGGACAUGCGCUGAUGAAGCUGUGUGUACAAAUGAGAUAGAUGAUUGCUCCCUGAAAUGAGCUGUGGUUGCUUUCACAGAACGGUUAUGUGUGCAGGUUUGUGGGAGUACCUGAGCCACAUGUUAGUGAGUCUCAGCCAGUAAACUGGGAAAAUCAAUCCUCCAGCUGCAGAGGAGUCUGGCCGCUCUUGUGGGAAGGCUGGCAGAAGGGGAAGAGCACAUGGUCACUGCUUCAUUUCGGGUUGGUGUUGGCUCAGAUGUGGAAUUUUUGAUAUUUUUGGCUUAUGCACAGAUGCUGCAACUCCUGGAGGAGCUCAGGCAGGAGUGACAGGAAAUACUGGCAUGAUGUGGAUUCAGUCUGGUGUAGGGAUGUCUUGCGCUUUUAGAACAAUAAAAAUAAAUCCAAGAGGGGAGGGUAGUAACCUGAUGUGCCCCAAACUGUGGUACUGAAAAUGUCAUUGCUAGCAACAGAUGCUUUGUAGAAGCCAUGCCACAGCAAGUUGGUCUGCUUAUGUAGAGGGACAAAACGGCUUUCAGUACUGUUUGCUUGUCUCUUGAAAUGUGACAAGACAGCUCCUGAGUGCAUGGUCAGCCUGCCAGCAUGGUGUGCCAUGUCGGUGUGCUUGCCGCUUGUGUGCAGUGCCCGGUGGCAGCGGGUUUCAGAGGUAGUACCAUGACCUCAUGAAGGAGGACUUACCUUUGGCUGUGGCAGCUGAAAACAAUGGUGACCACCUCGUGCUGGGAGUUUUGCAGGCUGGCAGCACUGGUGUGAGAUGUGCAUCCAUUGUCUUGGGUUAAAAAGGCAUAAAAAAUUGAGCAUGAAGAAUAAAAACUUCCUGCUUGUGACAGUGGCAAUAAAGCUGAAUCUGGCAGCCUGGAGCACUUGCAUGAUGUGCUAGUGAGAACAUGUUGAUCUCCAUAUGAAAACCAUAAGCUCAUUUAGAAAAUUGGGCUGUCUUAUGUGAGAUUAGAGUUUCUCUUUAAUCUGCAAAUACUUAAUUAGCAUGGAAAUGGCUAGUUAAAUGGAGUUCUCAAUGUAUAUAUUGGCAUGCCAGUGUGGUGGUGCUCCCUAGCAGGUGGUGUGUUUCCUUUCAGGAUGCUGGACGAGUUAGUUCCUGGCUCUGAGGCCAAGCAAGAUGCUCUAGAUGAAGUGGGCAGAAGCAGUCCACAGCACCAUGCAGACAUGGAUGUGUCUCCUUUCCUCCUCUCCAGCUUAUCAUCUAAGAAGUGAUGGCAGGACAUCCUUGCUUUACAGGAUUAUGAACAAUAUGACGUGUUAAAUGCCCCAAGGUUUGCUGGUGUCUGGCUGCUGCAGUGACUCUGGUCCCUGGCCAGCAGAGUUUAAUGCAGCUUUCCACUAACCAGGGUGGCACAUCAUCCUGGGAGCUGCAACAGGGCCCUGUGAGGACCUGGGGAGCUGCCAUCCUCACAGGGUAGCCCCUCACUGUGGCUAGCUCUGUGUGCAGACAGGAGACCAAGCACUGUCUCCUAGUACCUGCAAUGACUUUGCUGGGCCUCUAUUGGCACUCUAAUGACUUUGCACAUGGUCAGAGUAGGUAUCUCUGUUAAACUGUCUCCUCGGGUCUAACUGGUAUCUCAGCCUUGUUUUAUCCACACAGAUGCACACGCUGGCUUCAGUGCUAUGGAAAUGCAGAGGUGUAUGGUGGGGGUGCAUCUGUCACCAGCUGGAACAAGAGGACGGAACAUGAAGACCUGUCUGCUAAUGGUUUGGGACUGCUGCUGAGUGUGGAACUCCCCUGCCCUGGGACUGGCCUGGCCCUGGCACUGCUUGCUGUGCGAAGCAGCUGGGUUCUGCCUGCGAUGGCACGUGAACAGAGCAGAAAUAACAUUCAUCCCAGAUUUGAUGAUAAUGAAAAUACAGAAAAAAGAACAGCAGCUGCCAAGCUUAAAAGCGCUGAGCUGCUCCCCAAUGUCGGAUGCCUGGGAGUGCAAGGCAGAGGACCCCUUUGCCAGCAGCGAGGAGCAGAACAAGGUGCCCCACCAGCUGACAGUGACAGACACAGACACAGGCAGCCAGUGCCAGUGCCUGGAGGAGGAGCCCAACCGGGCUCCCCAGAAGCGGAUGGGCACUCAGAACGGGAUGCAGGACAGUGGGGGCGGGGGCACAGGGGUGAAGAAGAAACGGAAGAAAAAGGAUCUGGGAGAACAGGAAGGGGGAGAAAAAGUGGCUGUGGAGGUGAAACCAAAGAGGAGGAGAGAACCUAAAGAACCAAAAGAGCCUAAAAAGGCUAAGGAGCCCAAGAAACCGAAGGAGCCCAAGCAGAGGGAGGUGGCCAAGAAGCCCCGGAAACCUCGGGAACCCAAAGCCCCCAAGGAGCCUAAAGACAAGAAGACUGGCUCUGAGCCUGCCCCCAGAGCAAGACUCAAGAAGAGCAGCAAGGACACCCCUGUGGAGAGGAAGAAGAAAGGGAAGAGGAAAAAUGAGAUACCAGUGGACAGUUUGGAUUUGGAUCAGGAUCUCCUGAGCCCAUCCGUUCAGAGCCCAGAGGAGUCUGCGGAGUCGGCUGACAGCCAGAAACGCCGCUCAGGACGGCAAGUAAAGAGGAGGAAGUACAAUGAGGACCUGGAUUUCAAGGUGGUGGAUGAUGAUGGAGAGACAAUAGCCGUGCUGGGAGCUGGGCGAACCUCCGCACUCUCCGCCUCUACUCUGGCAUGGCAGGCAGAGGAGCCUCCCGAGGAUGACGCCAAUAUCAUUGAGAAGAUCCUUGCCUCCAGGAUGGUGCAGAAGGAGGCACAUCCUGGAGGCCUGGCAUUUGAGAUGGAGGAGUUCUACGUCAAGUACAGAAACUUCUCCUACCUCCACUGUAAGUGGGCAACUCUGGAGGAGCUGGAGAAGGACCCCAGGAUCUCCCAGAAGAUAAAGCGCUUCCGGAACAAGCAGGCUCAGAUGAAGCAUAUUUUUACAGAGCCUGAUGAGGAUCUGUUCAACCCCGACUAUGUGGAGGUAGAUCGAAUUCUGGAGGUGGCUCACACAAAGGAUCCUGACACUGGGGAAGAGGUGACUCACUACCUGGUGAAGUGGUGCUCACUGCCCUACGAGGAGAGCACCUGGGAGCUGGAGGAGGAUGUUGACCCAGGGAAGAUUAAAGAGUUUGAAGCCCUCCAAAUCCCUCCAGAAAUCAAGCACAUGGUAACGUACCCAGAGGAGCGCCCAGCAUCUGAGUCCUGGCAGAAACUGGAGAAGUCCCGGGAGUAUAAGAACAGCAACCAGCUGCGGGAGUAUCAGCUGGAGGGAAUGAACUGGCUGCUUUUUAACUGGUAUAACAGGAAGAACUGCAUCCUGGCUGAUGAGAUGGGGCUGGGGAAGACAAUCCAAUCAAUCACCUUCCUCUCAGAAAUAUUCCUGAUGGGCAUCCAUGGCCCCUUCCUCAUCAUUGCACCUCUCUCCACCAUCACCAACUGGGAGAGGGAGUUCCGCACCUGGACAGAGAUGAAUGCCAUCGUAUACCAUGGCAGCCAGAUCAGCCGGCAGAUGAUCCAGCAGUACGAGAUGGUGUACAGGGACACACAGGGUAACCCUCUCCCUGGGAUCUUCAAGUUCCAGGUGGUUAUCACCACCUUUGAGAUGAUCCUUGCUGACUGUCCAGAGCUGAAGAAGAUCCAGUGGCGCUGCGUGGUCAUUGACGAGGCACAUCGCCUGAAGAACAGGAACUGCAAACUCCUGGAGGGCCUGAAGCUCAUGGCCCUGGAGCACAAGGUGCUGUUGACAGGGACCCCCCUGCAGAACUCGGUGGAGGAGCUCUUCAGCCUCCUGAAUUUCCUGGAGCCACAGCAGUUCCCCUCAGAGACAGCCUUUCUGGAGGAGUUUGGAGACCUGAAGACAGAGGAGCAGGUGAAGAAGCUGCAGUCCAUUCUGAAGCCCAUGAUGCUGAGACGGCUGAAGGAUGAUGUAGAGAAGAAUCUGGCACCCAAGCAGGAGACCAUCAUUGAGGUGGAGCUGACCAAUAUCCAGAAGAAAUACUACCGGGCCAUCCUGGAGAAGAACUUUUCCUUCCUCUCCAAGGGUGCCAACCAGCACAAUAUGCCCAACCUCAUCAACACUAUGAUGGAGCUGCGGAAGUGCUGCAAUCACCCGUAUCUCAUCAAUGGGGCAGAGGAGAAGAUCCUGGAAGACUUUCGUAAAACACACAGCCCAGAGGCACCAGACUUCCAGCUGCAGGCAAUGAUCCAGGCGGCCGGGAAGCUGGUGCUCAUUGAUAAGCUGCUUCCCAAGCUGAUUGCUGGUGGGCACAAGGUCCUCAUCUUCUCUCAGAUGGUGCGCUGCCUGGACAUCCUUGAAGACUAUCUCAUUCAGAGGCGGUACACCUAUGAGCGCAUUGAUGGGCGGGUGCGUGGGAAUCUGCGCCAAGCUGCCAUCGACCGCUUCUGCAAGCCUGACUCGGAUCGCUUCGUCUUUCUCCUGUGCACGCGGGCAGGCGGGCUGGGCAUCAACCUGACCGCUGCCGACACCUGCAUCAUCUUUGACUCAGACUGGAACCCACAGAAUGACCUACAGGCUCAAGCUCGCUGCCACCGGAUCGGGCAGAGCAAGGCAGUGAAAGUCUAUCGCCUCAUCACCAGGAACUCCUAUGAGCGGGAGAUGUUUGACAAGGCCAGCCUGAAGCUGGGCCUGGAUAAGGCUGUGUUGCAGGACAUCAACCGCAAGGGCAGCACGAACGGGGUUCAGCAGCUCUCAAAGAUGGAGGUGGAGGACCUGCUGCGGAAGGGUGCCUAUGGCGCUCUGAUGGAUGAGGAGGAUGAAGGAUCGAAGUUCUGCGAGGAAGACAUUGAUCAGAUCCUCCAGCGCAGGACUCAGACCAUCACAAUCCAGUCUGAGGGGAAGGGCUCCACCUUUGCCAAGGCCAGCUUUGUAGCAUCGGGAAACAGAACUGACAUUUCCUUAGAUGACCCCAACUUCUGGCAAAAGUGGGCCAAGAUAGCAGAGCUCGAUACAGACACCAAGAAUGAAAAGGAGAGCCUGGUCAUCGACAGGCCCCGAGUGCGGAAGCAAACCAAACACUACAACUCCUUUGAAGAGGAUGAGCUGAUGGAGUUCUCUGAGCUGGACAGUGACUCGGAUGAGCGACCCACACGCUCACGGCGCUUCAAUGAGAAGACACGACGGUACCUGCGGGCUGAGUGCUUCCGCGUGGAGAAGAAUCUGCUCAUAUUCGGCUGGGGACGCUGGAAAGAUAUCCUGACCCAUGGGCGGUUCAAGUGGCACCUGAAUGAGAAGGACAUGGAGAUGAUUUGUCGGGCCUUGCUGGUCUAUUGCGUCAAACACUACAAGGGGGAUGAGAAGAUUAAGAGUUUUAUCUGGGAUCUCAUCACACCGACGAAGGACGGGCAGAACCAGGCUCUGCAAAAUCACUCAGGCUUGUCAGCACCAGUGCCCAGAGGCAGGAAGGGGAAGAAGACGAAGAACCAGAUGCUGCUUCCUGAGAUAAAGAACGCGGACUGGCUUGCCACCUGCAACCCUGAGGUCGUCCUGCAUGAUGACAGCUACAAGAAGCACCUCAAACAGCACUGCAACAAGGUUCUGCUGCGGGUGCGAAUGCUCUACUACCUGAAGGCUGAAGUGCUGGGGGAGGCUGCAGACAAAGCCUUCGAGGGAACCCCUGCCAGGGAGCUGGAUGUUCUGCUGCCAGACAUUGACUACGUGGAGAUCCCGGUGGACUGGUGGAAUGCCGAAGCUGAUAAAUCCCUGCUUAUUGGCGUCUUCAAGCAUGGUUACGAGAGGUACAAUGCCAUGAGGGCAGACCCGGCGCUGUGCUUUCUGGAGAAGGUGGGCAUGCCAGACGAGAAGCUGCUUUCUGCAGAGCAGGGUGUCAGCGAUGGAGCCCAGGAUGCUGCUGAAAGGGGCAGCAUGGAAAAGGAAGACAGCAGUGGAGAAAAGCUGGAGGGGCUGCCAAAGCAGGAGGACGUUGUGGCAGCUGGGGUGGGCGAAGCCAGUGAGAAGCGGGACGAGCCAGUGGCAGCCCAGGAUGGCUCCGACUCAGACAGAUCCUGCUGGCCUGUCUCAUCUGCUCUCACAGCCAGACUGCGGAGGCUUGUCACCGUCUACCAGCGCUGCAAUCGCAAAGAGCUGCCUCCUCGUGCCGAGAUGCUCAUGCCUGGUAACCAUGGAUACUGGCUGCAGGACGAGAUGUUCAGGAGAGCCUCUGAGAUGGACUCGGUGAACAAAGAAAUGCAGAAGAGGUGGACCAGGAGGGAACAGGCAGAUUUCUACCGCACUGUCUCCUCCUUUGGGGUUAUCUAUGACCAGGAGAAAAAGGUCUUUGACUGGGCCCAGUUCCGAGCGAUCUCUCGACUGGAGAAGAAGACAGAUGAGAGCCUGGAGAAGUACUUUUACAGCUUUGUGGCCAUGUGCAAGAAUGUCUGUGGUCUCCCACUGUGGAAAGAGGAUGGUCCCCCAGACCCCGACAUCUACGUGGAGCCCAUCACGGAGGAACGUGCUGCCAGAACCCUCUACCGUAUCGAACUUCUGCGAAAGGUGCGCGAGCAGGUGCUCAAGUGUCCGCAGCUCCAUGAGCGGCUCAAGCUGUGUCGGCCAAGCCUCUACCUGCCGGUGUGGUGGGAGUGUGGCAAACAUGAUCGGGACCUGCUGAUCGGCACCGCCAAGCAUGGCCUGAAUCGCACCGACUACUACAUCAUGAAUGACCCCCAGCUGUCUUUUUUAGAUGCAUACAGGAACUAUGCCCAGCAUAAAAGAACGGGGCUCCCAGGCCCAGAAACUCUGUGCUGCCUUUACCAGACUAACUCCAAACUCUACAGUUCCCCUUUGUACAGCCAGGUGGACCAGGCUUGCGAACCCCUGGAGAAUGAAGCCGAGAGUCAGAUCAAGCUAGAAACCAUAGACAACGCUAUGUCUCAGGCUGGGGGCAGUCCGCCAGAUGCAAACUGUGACAGAUUCAUGUCUAAAGUCCAGGACAUCAUUUCCAGUAACUUUGAUGAGAGCUCUCUGCCAGACUCAUUGGUGUGCAUGAUGUACGAUGAGAAGGCCUGUAACAGCGAGCAGAGCUCCCUUGCCCGAGACAGCCCAAGUUGCACAGACGUUGGAAGCAGCAUUGCUAAACUCUCUGAGGGCAAGCUAGAGGGGGAUGAGGAUCCAUCCAGCUGUGAUGCAGACGCCAUGAAAGAGGCUCCCUUCCUAGAGGGUCUGCAGGUGGGUUGUGACCAAAUGGACAGUCAGAAUGAGGAAGCUGAGCCUUCACCUUCUACCCCUGAAAGCGACCCUUCGCAGAGCAUCCCAGCAGAGCUCUGUGAAGCCUUGCAGCAGAAGAGAGACCUCGCCAGCCCUGAGACAGUGCUGCCUGAGCAUGGUGCCGUGGAAGGGGUCAUAAGCAUGGGGCUCUACAGUCCCAGUCUUCAUAAUUAUGAAAUAAAGGUUCCUCCUGAGCAGAGGUUCAUCAAUCUGCUGCAGGAGAAAGGAAUAGAGGCAAAGUCAGGGCCAAGUCAGAGCCACAGCGAGGAAGAUGAGGAGGAAGAAGAUGACGAUGAUAACUCUGAGGCAGCAGCAGAUGUUGUGGAAGGCUUGAGCGGUCCUGAAACCAGGGCUGGUUGUGAUCCCGAGGCUAAUGAACCAGGGGGCGAGGAGCAGAGCUCUGGCCUCCCCACACCUGAGGACACUUGCGCAGAAGACAUGAAUGGAGAGAGAGAGUCCCUGGAGCUGGCGACACCCAAAGGGCUGCGGGAGCCUGGGCCAGAGGGCAGGGAGGACCAUGGCCUGGAUGAGGAGAGCACCCUGCAGCACUCACCGGCUCAGGCUCAGAGCCAGGCUUUCAGCCUGCCUGCACCUCUGCUGGGGGCCCCAGGAGCAAAGCCCACCCGUGCCAGGGGGGAGGCCUGGGGCCGGGGGGCUGAGGGGCAGCCAGGCUGCAGAGAGGCCCUGCACCCUGAGCCCCAGGGGAUGAAGCAAGAAGAGUGUGAGAACAGAGAUGAGGGGGAGAAAGCCAGCAGUAACCAGUGUCAAGAUGGUCCAGAGAAGUACUUGGAGGAAGAGAGCAAGAGUUCUGCUUCUGUCCUGCCUGGGGAGAUUGAUGACCUUCAGGAUGCCCGGGCACCAACCAUAGCCCAGCUGCUGCAGGAAAAGACGCUUUACUCCUUCUCUGAGUGGCCUAAGGACCGUGUGAUCAUCAACCGCAUUGACAACAUCUGCCAUGCCAUCCUGAAGGGCAAGUGGCCCUCUUCCAGCCAGCAGUUCGAGACACAAAGCCUGCUGACAGCUUCAACAGUAGCCAGCAGUGCUGGCAGCAGGAACAGCUUCGCCGAGUCAGAAGCCCCUGAUCCCAGCUACAAUAACGGGGUGUUAAUCUCACAGGUACAAAAGGAAGGUUUCCUCACCCCUGCCAUGGCAAAGGAUGAGCGGAAGCACAGGAGGCCCUAUGAAUUCGAGAUGGAGAGAGAUACCAAACAGAGGAGCUUGGAGCAGCUAGCAGCAACCCAUGUUCAUCCUCCCAUUGUGCUGAAUGGCUGGCGUGACGCAGCGGUGGACUUGUCCAGAGCCUCUGAUGGGUCCCCGGGGAACUCCUCUCCUUUCCCCCUGAACACAAAUAUGCCCAAACUGGGGACCGUGAACACCCUCCAGGGCUCCCUGGGCAUGGACUUGUCUGGCAUCCUCCAGGCAGGGUUAAUCCAUCCUGUCACAGGACAAAUUGUAAAUGGCAGCCUCCGAAGAGACGAUGCUGCCAUGAGGAGGAGACGGGGCAGGAGAAAAAAUGUAGAAGGGAUGGACCUCAUCUUCUUGAAGGAGAGGCCUCUUCCAGCCAGGCUGCAGGAUGUUCAGGAAGACCAGCCACAGCCCUCUCAGAACAGUCCCCUCCCUGAUGGGCCGGUUGCUGCUACCUCAACUCCACAGCCAGUCCCAGCUGCAGGCAGCCAAGCAGAGAAGGCUGUCCCGAAUAAGAGUCUCCUCGACUGGCUCCGUCAGCAGUCUGACUACACAGUUGACGUUCCCGGCUUUGGCACAAAUUUCUCAGACAAGCCCAAGCAGAGGAGGCAGCGCUGCAAGGACCCCAGCAAAUUGGACAUUAACUCACUCACGGGAGAGGAACGAGUGCCUGUGGUACAUAAGGGUACCGGACGGCGGUUAGGGGGAGCCACGGCACCAGCAUUGAAGGAAUUGCCAAGGUGGCUUGAUGCAAACUUGGAGUAUGCUGUUGCAGCUGACUGGGCUGACAUUGUUAAGCUUUCAGGCUACUUACCAGAAAGCAAAUUCAAUCGCAUCCUAACUGAGCCUGUGCUCCGAGAUGCGGGGCCCCGCCGGAGGGGGAGAAGGCCCCGAAGCGAACUCAUUAAAGGCCCCAGCGUUGUAGCAGAUUCUUCUUCUGGAAUGGGACCAUUGUUCAUGAACGGACUGAUUGCUGGGAUGGAUCUAGUAGGACUUCAGAACAUGAGAAACAUGCAGGGGAUCCCUCUGACUGGGCUGGUUGGAUUUCCUGCUGGAUUUGCAGCAGUGCCCGCCAGCGAGGAUGUUAAAAGCACCCUGAGUAUGCUGCCCAUGAUGCUGCCGGGCAUGGCUACUGUACCACAGAUGUUUGGCGUUGGAGGACUUCUCAACCCCCCCAUGACAACUACUUGUACUGCUACUGCUCCAACUUCGCUAACAAGCACAACAAAAAGUGGUACAGCCAGCGCAGAGAAAGCUACUGAGGAUAAACAGAGUAGCCAGGAUCUGAAAAAAGAAACUCUCUCAGAAGAUAAGCCUGGUCCUAGUUCGUUUUCUAAUCAGACAGAAUCUGCAAUAACUACCAGUAGUCCUGUAGCUUUUAACCCAUUUCUUAUCCCAGGGAUGUCUCCUGGACUGAUCUAUCCCUCAAUGUUUCUUUCCCCUGGCAUCGGCAUGGCGCUACCCGGCAUACAGCAAACCAGGCACUCGGAGGCAGCGAACCUGGAAAGCCAGAAGCGGAAGAGAAAGAAAGCAAAAGGGGAAUUUGCAAACCCAGAGCCAGAAACUGUCUCGCUGCCAGAAAAAGAAGCUGCAAACAGUCAAAACUGUAGAGAGCAAACACCGCCUUUGUCGGCAGAGAAAGAGCAGAAUGGACCAGCAGAGGAGGAACGCGAAGCAGCUCGCGAUACCAAUUAGAACUUUUGUUUCAUUGAAAAAAAACCACACAAAAAGAUUGUGGCUUGUGAGUUUCUUAUCCCAUAAACUCUUUGUUACUUACCCUCCCACCCCGCUCCGCCUUCAUAAACCUGUGUUUCCAUGAAUAAUAUUAUCUACCUAAUUCCCUGUCAGAAAAAACUCUGGUGACAUAUUACAUGUUAAUAGUUGCAGGGUCUUGCCACUUUAUUAGAUAAACAGUGUUGUCUAGCUAGUAUGGGAGGCACCAAAUUCUCGUUCUGGUUCUGUUUUUCCAGUUGUUCAUCCCAGCCGAUGAUAGCAAAUCCAGUACUCAGUCACCCCCCCCAAAAUUGCUCACUCCUUUGAGAAGAAAAAGCAGGGGGAAAAAAAAAAAAAAAAAAAAAAAAAAAAGCAAGAGCAAAAGAAAAAGUCUUUACCUCUUGGUCUACACGCAGACGAGGGUAUUUCUGUCUAUAAUGACACUGAAUGAAAAAGCCUGUAUUUGGGGGUAAAAAGCACAGCUAUAGUAAGUGCUAAUGUGUAUUUUUGAUUUAAAGUAUUUCCCUAUUUUAUCAUGGUUACUAGAAUAGUAGUAUAGACAGACGUAUAUAACUAAUGAUUGAAAAUGCAUUUAUUCAUUUCUUUGAAAGGAAAAAGCAUAACUGGUAGUGAUAUGAUUUCUUUAUCACCCCCACCUCAAAGGUUUGGAGACAAACUGCAGUGAGUGAAAGUAUGACGUAGACAUUCUUUUGUAUUUUUUAAACCCAAAGUUUGGUUUUAUGUUAAGUGGAGUUUAGUUGCCCUUUCUUCAAUAGUUACAAGGACUUUUCAGCUUGAGCUGGAAAGGUUUUGCACAUCUUGCAUGACUUUUUUUGGGAUUACUGUACAUGUAGCUACCAGUUUCUUCAUCAUUCUGCUAGUCUUCAGUUCUGCUCUCUGGUGUUAGUUCUCAUCUAUGGUAUUAGAAGUGCUGUAAAGGUAUUUUUUUCCAGCCAUGAACAGGCCACACUGAUUUUAAUGCUCUUAUAUGAACACUGAGGCUUUUUUAAUUUUUGUGUUUUCCGCUCCUUACCCCAGAAGCAACGUCUUUUCAGCAAACAACGGAAAGGCUGUAAGCCGGCUUUCCUGUUUGGGGUAGUCCUCCAAGAAGGACCCCUGAGACUUUCAAAGCUUGAGCUCCUUUUUUUCUAGCGUUAGACUGUGAAGAGGUGACCUUGGCUGCUUCUUUCCAUUCCAUUUGCUGUUGAACAGUAUUUCAGAUUCCCCUCCAAAUGGCAAAUGAUUUUUGACAUCUGCAUUUUAAAGAGACAGGUUUUAAUGCUGUCAGUCCCCCAGCAGCUCUGGGUACUGAGACUCCUCUCCACAGGCAACUCUUCUUGUUUCUCCUUCCCCUCACUCCUCGUUUAAUUCUUUUUUUCACUUGGGCUUGUUCUUAUUUGCAGCUCAUGGUUUGAGACUUGAAAUAAACCCACAGUGGUGCAGCAGUGAGAUGAAAGGCAGGCUGGUGAGGGAGUUGGGAGCGUGCUAGUAAUCGGUUUCACAUUUGGUUGUCACAAUUUACUGUAUUUUUUACUUAUUUUCUGUUACAGUUUUGCUAAUUUAUCAGAUGGUCCAAAUGUUUUGACAUAACUAUUGCAGUUUGCAUUAUUUAUUUAUGAUGCUUUUUGUCAUUGUCUUUUAUACAUUUGGGAUUAUAAAUUAUGUACGUGUUAAAAUUAGCAUCUCAAAGAAGUCUGUUACCCAUGGUCUAAAAAGCAUUUGGUUUAUAUUUUUACGGACUUUAUUCCCAGUUUACUGGAUUGGAUAUUUUUUUUUUAAAAGUAUGUAACCAAUCAUGAUGCAACCACCCCCGAUAAUUAAAUGUUCUAUUUAAUAACAUCCUUGUAGCAUAGAUAACUGUAUCCCUAUCAACAGAUUUCUUAGAAAUGCUGCUAUCUCUAUUUAACUAACAUUUUGUUCAGUUUUGCCUCCAGUGGAAGCAGAAAGGGUUUUUUCAGCUGUUAAAUCCAAAAUCAAUAUAAUUUAUUUAUGUAAAAAAAAAAAAUCACGAUUGAUAUAUUUUUGAACCUUUUAAGUACUAACUUUCUUUUUAUUCAGUAGAAAAACAUGUACUUGCCCUAAAUCCUUAAAAUACAAAUGCUAUAAAACUUCAUAUAUCUUCAAAGCCUUACUGUGAAUGGAUGCAGAAAUCUCUUCAGAGUCCACUUCUUGUUAUGGGAUGGUUUUUCCAGGGUUACGCGUGUAAGGAACAGGGUUGAAAGUGGAAUUUAUUUAAUUAGCCAGCAUGCUCUAUACCUUGUUCUUCCUUAUCAGACAUGUAUGCUAUGUCUCUGGGUGUUUAGGCUUCUCUUUGACUGCUACUUUGUGACCCUUUUGCAACCCGAUAUACUCUGUGGAUUAUUUAGACUGUAAGGCGUAAGUGGCUUCUUCUUAUUUUCCAUCGUAUCCAACACAAAUGCCAAAUUUUCACCGAUUUUCAUGGCUACUCACACAAACAUACAUCCUUCACCAAAUGUGCUAACGAAAUAAACUGUCUGUGCUCUUGAACAUGGAUAAAAAGAAAAAGAUUUAAAAGUCAGAUUUUUAUUUUUUUAAUUUAGUGACUAGAUGAUGCGUAUCUUUCAGACUUGGCAGAGCCUUGCUACAGAUGUAUAUAAUUUUUUUUCAGCAAAUAUAUGUGAAUGUUUAAUUCACCUGA